AUGGAUUAUUCGUGUGGACUCGGUCCUCAUUUAAGUGGGUCACUCAAACGAAGCAACAAUCCUCGACGUUCUAUUUCUUCAUCAAAAUAUAUUGGGGGAAUUGACUGGCAGCUACGCAAUCAGUUUACGGAACAGUUGAAAUGUUUAGAUCUUAAAUUAGAUAUUGAUUCUACUGUAGUCGCUGAACUUCAGGAUUUUUAUCGUCGACGAGCUAGUGUAGAACAGGAUUAUGCCGAUGCCUUAGCUAAACUUGCCAAUGGGUUAAAACAACGUCAUGUGAAUGAAACAACAAAACGCCCUCAUUGGGCGCCUUAUACAGCAACCACCAUAUGGAAUACAUUACUUGGUUCAACAUUACAUCUAGCUGAAGCUCAUGCAACUUUAUCUGAUAUUUUUUCGAAACAAAUGGUUCAACGUUUAGCUGAUAUGGAUGAAGAUGCUGUCCGUUUGCACAAACAGUGUCGUGAAAUGAUGUCCUCAUGUCAAGAUCGUGUUUUAGCCAAUACUACCAAACUCCAGGCCGAUCAACGUGAAUAUGCACAUAGGCAAGCCGCAGCAUUAGAGGCUGAUCGAAUCCGUCGUCGUGCUGAAGAUAAACUGUUAGCUGCUAAUCAAAAAGCCCGUAGUAAAGGCAAAGAUCCUGAUAAUAGUCAACGGUCUAUGCGAGCUCAAAAUGAAUUCGACUUGAAACAAGCGAAUUAUAUCAAUGCGACUUUAUCAACAACUCGUGCACGAAAUGAAUAUUUAAUACAGUUGGCUGCUACUAAUCACAGUGUUCAACGUUAUUUCACUCAAGAGGCGCCGGAUAUAGUUGAGUGUUUAUUUUGUGGUUUUCAUAAUAGUCUGGCGCGUUCAGCAAUGAUGCAUUUAAGUUGUGAAGAAACAUUGAAAUCAUGUCAUGGUUCAAUUGUUGAAAUGUUAAAUAGAAAUAUUACAGCACUUGAUUUACGACAAGAUAAAGCAUGCUUUUUCAAACGUAACGAGCAAGUGUAUACACGUCCGGGUUAUUUUAAAUUCAUGCCAUCCAAAGAAGAUAUUGAAGAUCAUAUUCGUCCAGAUGGUCCAUUGUAUGAUGAACUUCAAACAACAGCUAGUCAACUUACAGCUAGUAUCGAAGCGCUCCGGGUAUCGACAGAUGAAACUUGGAAGACACUAGAAGAGGUUGAAAAGAAGUUAUUAGAAUUAAUUAAUCAGAAAGACUAUGAUGUCUCACGGUUGUUUUGCAUUGAAAAGCCUCGUUCAAGACGUUCACUUGUCGGUGUUGGUAGUGGUGCUUCAGCUAGUGUAUCUAAUAACUUGACAACUUCUAACCCUUUAGGAAGUAGUAUGGGUAGUAUUGGAACUAGUUCUAUUACUUCAUCUUCAUCUUCUUCACCUGGUACAAUCAGUGCUACAAAUGUACAUUCUAAUCAACAGAUAUUAUCUACAAGUGGCCGGAGUACAAGCCCUGGUUUGUUGCCUAGUUCAACAGCUAUCGUGAAUCAAGACAGUUUACAGGAUACUUCUUAUUUAUCAGCUGUUUCACAGACUAAUCAUUCAGGUUCAACUACGUUUGGUGGGAACGAUCCAACUCAAGCUGGUUUAUAUCUUCGUCUCAGGUCAUUGUUUCGUGAUUCUAGAAUUGAACAAGAGAAGUUUUAUUUAGAUAGAUUUGCACACUAUACCCAAGAAAUGCAUAUUUGUCAAAUAAUGCAAGUGAAACUUGCACAAAUUCAAAAUGCACUAGCUUCUUCACAACCAAACUCACAUGAAUCAAUACCUCAAAUAUCGCCAUCUCAAAACCUGAAAUCUAUGCUUCGACAUGGUAUACCUGUUUUACCAAAACUACCUGGACAUAAUAAAGAGUUUACGAAAAAUUUCAAAUCUCCAACUUCACCAACUUCUAGUCAUUCGAAAAUCGAUAGUGGUUUCUCAUCGUCACCACCUCCACCUCCACCACCUGCUCCUACUUUUACUUCACAAAGUUUUCAUCAAGAUUUACUUAAUUCACCUAUUCUUGCAUCAUCAUCUCAUUGUGAUGUAACAUCAACACCUGUAUCAAGUCCUUCCUUUUCCAGCCAUGCUGUAAGUCCUGGAAGUCAAUCUACUCUAGUCAGUAAGCAUCAAGCACGUCGUGUCCUUCGUGUACCGAAUGUUGGUAAACCGAAACUGUUUGGUGGUACCAUAGAUGAAUAUGUAGAAGCUACUAAGCAACCGAUCCCUCGCAUUGUAUUAUCUUGCAUUCGUGUUAUUAAUGAAUAUGGAAUGCAUCAACAAGGUGUAUUUCGUGUUUCUGGUAGUCAGGCAGAAAUUAAUGACUUUAAAGAUGCUUUUGAAAAUGGAGAUGACCCUCUGGUUGGUAUUCAUGAAGCAAGAGAUAUAAAUUCAACUGCUAGUCUGUUAAAAUUAUAUUUUCGUGAACUAGGCGAGCCUCCAUUCCCAGAUACCAUUUUCUUAGAACUUAUAGACAUAACACGUAAACACCGGGAAAUCAGUGAAAUGAUUCGACGCUUACGUCAUGUGAUCACAGAAAAUUUGAGUAGACCAGUUUUUGUUGUAAUGAGAUAUUUAUUCGCAUUUUUGAAUCAUGUAUCUGAAUAUUCUAAUGAGAAUAUGAUGGAUGCAUACAAUUUGGCUAUUUGUUUUGGUCCAACAUUAAUCCCUAUUCCAAGUGAAUAUAAUCAAUUACAUUGUCAAUCAAGUGUUAUUGAUUUAAUCAAACUACUCAUUGUACAUCAUUUAGUAAUCUUUGAUCAUAUGCUGCCUGGGCCUGUGUAUACCAAGAAUAAGUAUAAUAUUAGCAAUAAUAAAACUACAAGUCAUAAAUCUGUGACCAGUUUAGAUUCACAUCGUCUAUCACUUUCGUCAAAUAAUGCUAUCGAGAUAAGUACAGACAAACAAAAUAUUAAGGAUGAUAGUAGUAAUUCAUUCAAACAAAACUUACAUAAUACAUGUCAAUUUUCAAUGGACUUAAAUAUUAAACACCAAUCAACUUCACAUUUGGAUCAUGUACAGAGUAAUAAUAAUAAUAAUAUUUCACCCGCGGAAUGUGGUAAAGCAUCAAGUGUUGGCAGUCUAAUUGACAAUGAGACAUUAUCUUCGUCUAAGCAAAAUGAAACUGUUGGAGAUGAUGACUACGUAUUUUCUGAAGAUGUCCAAUCCAUAUCUGAUAGUGAAGAUUCCGAACCAGCGUACACUUUAGCUGUUGCUCGAGCAGAUUUUACUGGAUCAAGUGAACGGGAAUUGUCAUUUCAUCAAAGCGAUGAGAUUUUUCUUUAUCGUCAAUUAAGUCAACAUUGGUGGGAAGGACAAUUAGCUUCAGAUUCGAGUUGUAAACGUGGCCUAAUACCACAUUUAUAUGUUGUACCCAAAGCUGCUCUAUUACACCUUGCAGCAUGUGAAGAUGAUAAUCGUAGCAAUGAAAAUCAACUGUUAAAUGAAAUGACUAUCGAUCUUUCUAAAAAGAGUGGAUAUACAGCAAUUGAUGGAAGUUUAACUAAUUUAGAUCAUGUCGAUGCUGUUAAUAAUAAUGAUGAUGAUAAUAAAAGUGUAACAGAAAAUGGUAGUGUACUCAGUUGGAAUUGUCCUUCUGAAAGUUCAAACGAAAAUAUUCUUUCUGAUACUAAUGAUAGUAAAGUGCAUCAUUUAUCACAAUCUGAAACUCCAAUUUCAAUAGUUGACAAAUCAAAUCAAUCAGAAAGCAUAACUUUGUCUAAAACUAUUCACGAUAGUUCUAUUCUGAAAGGGACUUCUUCAAUGAUUGAGAUUUCUGAUAAAGGUGUAAAAUCGACUAUUUGUAAAGAAAGUCCAAAUAGUACAUCAGAAUCUCCCGAAUCUAAAGAUAAAAAGUCUUUACCAGAAUUUGGUUAUUCAGAUAAACUUGUGAUGCAUCGGUUUAAUCAUCGUUAUACUAUUAGUUAUCCAGCCUUUGGGCCUUUAGGUUCUGUUCCUGAAAAUGAAGUUAUAUCACCCAGUGAUUUAACUCCAUCAUCUCCUGCGUAUAGUUUAAAUGAAGCGAAUAAUCGUUGCCAAUCUGUAGGCGAAGGAAGCUCUCGAUUUUUGUUUAAUUCCGAUGUCGAUACAGCUUUAGAAGAGGUUAUGCGUGGUUUAGCUUCUUUGGAACAAGCAGACAACCGCAAUAGUGAUUCUAGAACUCUGGAACGCAACCAAGAACUGACUCGUAAGCUUUGCUUACCUAGCGCGAAACAUGCUCCAGAUUUAGUCAUGGAUCUUCCCAUUUCAACAGAUUCUAAGGUGCAAAAAUGUACACCAUCUCCCAGUUGCACUCACGAAGAGUCGUCUGACAGUUUUGCUGAACAUUUCGCCGAACAAACUUUGAAUACAAUGCGAAAGCGCUCUGAAACCCAAUCAUCACCACAAUCGUCAGUAACUUCAAGCCAAUGUCCUGCCAGUGACGGUGGUAACUCAAGCUAUGGAGAACUUGGCAAAGUUAUUCUACGAAGUAGAUCUAAUCAUACAGUUCAAUCGGUAGAAGUUCCUAAAAGCUUACCCCGUUUGAAUAGAGCAAGUUCCGAAGAAAAAAAGCAUGAAAUACCACAGACUGUCGAUGAACAACUGACUAGUGAACCGAAACUUUCAAUCGCUGCUCGAGUAGCAGCUUUCGAAGCAACUAAAUCUGAUUCAUCUGGUUCUUCCAUAAACUUUGCUCCAAAAUUAGCUCCUAAACCUAAAAGAAGUUAAUUUUGUUGUUUUUACUUAAUUCUUGUUUAAUUGAUGCUCAGCAUUUAUCACUUUUCAGUUUAUUAUUCGAGGUGAUUUGUAUAACCAAUAUGAUAAAUAUGUAAUUGCUUCAAUAACCCUAUAAUCUGAUGAUGAAUUUUCCAGUUUUUAUCCGUUGGAAUAUUGUAUGCCC